AUGAAUAUUAAUGAAUUUGCGGAUGCCCAAAAAACACAUAACGUUAUAUACCCUAAUCUGCCUAAAUCAGGUGAAUUAACCGAGAGAUGUAUACCGUUUGUUCCGCUUCUAGAAGGGAAGGAGUCAACGGAAAUAAUGUAUGAAAGGUGGCAACUAUAUAACCAAUUAUAUGAUCAUUUCCACUCACAAGUCGAUAAUAUUGUCUCAAAUGGUGAAAUUGAACUAAAACAAAAUAUAACGAAAUUACUUUUUAACGAUGGUCAAUCGUUGAAAACAAAAGGAACCUUCAAAACAUUGUUUUUACUAGGUUCUGAUAGUAAUACCCCAAUUGAGUUUGAUGUUACAGAUUCAACAAACACCUUAAAUGUCCUGAUAGAUAUGACAGCGAAGGAAUCUCCGAACGUUAGAAUGAUGCUGAAAAGAGCAAUGUUUAAAGUGUUCUCUACGGCACAAGAAGAUAGUAAUAGUAAUCUUGGCAUGAUUAAAGAGGAAGAUGAUAUAUCACAACCUGUAUUUACAAACGGCAUCCAUCAAUCUAUCACUGAAGUGUCAUACGAUUUGUCACUUGUCGAGAAUUUUAAAUCAAUAUUUGGCAAAAAUUUAAAUAUUGUAUUAAAUUUUAAAGAUGUUGAUUCUUUUUCAUUUCAUUCUCUUGAUGGAUUUAUUCAAUUAUUAAAAAAUGCUUUAAAAUAUGAUUCCGUCAAUUUCCAUUUAGUAUUUAAUAUCAAUACUAAUAUUUCGAUAAUGGAAAAGAAUUUGACCCAGUCAACACUACGAUUAUUAAAGAGGAAUUAUUCUAUUUUGGAUAUAUCUAGUAAUAGGGGUUUUAAAUAUGCCAAUAAGGUAUUUGAAUGUUUUCUUGAGACUGUCGAUAAUAAACUUAAUCUUUCUGAAAAUUUUAUCAAGUUUAUCCUUGAGAAAAUGGCUAAUAAUACACAUCAUAAUCUACAAUUAUUGACAAAAAUAUUAGAUUAUUCCUUAAUGUCAUAUUUUUAUGAAAAUCCAUUCGCGGUAUUUAUUGAUCCAUUCAAUGUUAAAUACUUAAAUGAUUCAUAUUUAAAACUUUUGAAAAAAUGUCCAACAUAUAUGUUUUUCUUGGGUGAGUUAGUUAAAGAAGGUGCACCAGUAGAUGAGAUAUCUAAUUUAUUGACCAAUGAUGAUGAUGCCAUAGAACAAUUUUUUGCUGAAUUUUUAGUGAGAGAUAAUCCAACCAAUAGGCAUGCCAAGGCCGUUGCAACUAUUCUUGAAGAAAAGUGUGGAACUCAAAAUUAUAAUUUAAUUGAAUUAUAUUAUAAUUUACUUACAGAUAAUUUGGACAAUUAUUUAAAGAAAUGGCCCGAAUGUGAAUUAUAUAAACAGGAAUUAUCAUUCGAAUCAGUCGAUACGAUUUUCAAAGAAUUAUUUACAUUGGAUAAUAAGAAUGAUUUACUUUCUCAAGCAAUGUUUCCAAAUUAUAAGAGUAAUAUGGAAGAUGAUUUGUUAUGUUGGGAAAGGGUUAUUAAUACUGAUGACAAAGGAUCCUUGGAAGAUAUACAAGAACUUGAAUCUCUCAGUGCAUUAAAUCGCGAAUUGGGACCUAUAGUUGGUGAACUAUUCAAAGUUUAUAGAGAAGCACCAAUUGUUAUUAAUUUAUUUGAUCUUUAUACGUCAUUUAAGGUACUUCUUCCAAGAGAACAAAUACUGGAAUUUAUUAAGGAUUAUUCUACUAAAGAUAAAGAUUUAAAGAAAUUUAUUGAGAAUAAUGGCGAUGAUGAUGAUAUAAUAUUUGAUAAAGUUGUAUUAAUUUUGUUUAUGCAAGGUAUACAUGAUUAUGAUAAUAUGGGUUUAACAAACACAGUGACAAAAAAUCCGGAUUUUGUCGAUAAACAUGUAUGGAGGGGUAUGUAA